CAGAAAAAAGCCCGCCAACGUACCCGCCAGCGUAGAAGAAGAAACUUUCGUCCAAUCAGAUGCAGCGACUUGGUCAACCCGGAAAACCAAUUUUGCAUUUCAUAUCACUUUAAGCGACCGAAGAACUGCUUUUAGGAUGUCCCGUAACACCAGUGUUACACGUGUUGAUGUAUCGUCCGUGGCUCAGGCCCAGAGAGUCCCAGUCCACCUCAUGCCUUGUGAGAUUGAACACGAGGGGCCGGCCCAUGUCUCUGAGUACCUCACCGCUACCACCAAGGACUGCAAACUAGAGAAGACCGUGUCAUUCAGAGGGCGUGGGCUGAAGGGGCAGGAGCUCAGCUGUCCACAGGGCUACACUGGCCUGGUGCUGAAAGAUAUCAACGAGCCCAGCUCAGACCAAGAGGACAGGUUGUUGAGGGUGUCCUCUGUGUUUGACAAGCUGACCUACUGGAACCUGGAGACGCCUCCAAACUCGGACGACGCAGUCGUGAUGGCGAUGGAUUGGCCCGAGUUGGCUCAGGCGAUCCACGGUCCAGUAGAAGACUGAAGAAAGGGAACAAAGGUUCUGCUCAGAGGAAUCGAGUGGAGCGACAGUCAGUCAGAGAAAUGCUCACGAGUUCAGUCUUCCUGUUACCGUUGUACGGUUGCAGGGUGAUAGACGGGAUGUUUAUAUUUUUUUUAUCUUCUUUUGUAAUAAAAUAAAAAAGUACCUGUGUAAUGUAUCAUUAAUCUAAACAACAAUAUUUUCACAGUUUCUUUUGAACAGUGUUUAUUCCCCAGUUUAUUUUUAGCAUGCCAUAACACAAGGAUGAAAUGCUCACUCACAGUUCAGGCUUUUUCUUUUGAGUAUCCAAACCUCAAAUACAAAACCACUUUCAUUUGUACAUAUAGAAACUAAUUUGUAGACGAACACAUUUCAGACGGCAAUUCAGACACAAGUUUAAAUCUAAACACUUAGAUUUAAAAAACAAAAGGCAGAAUUAUUGUGUGUGUCUGUACUGUGUAUUCUGUUACAUUACUGGAGAAACACUACUGCGAGAACGGUCAAUAAGGUUGCCAGGUUUCCUCUAAAAUGUUCUACCUGCUAACGUUUUUUUGGAGGGGAGGAAUCCUGUGCCAGUGAGAGGGUUUUACCACAGAGGAUGUUGCAUGUUUUCAAAUUAUACGUCUGCAACUGAGUUUUCUGGGUCAGUUAUCUUGUUUAGGAAUGAUUCUCAAUGGAAUACUUCUUACUGCAUGUUUGAAAGGGGACAAAUGAAAAGCCUUUUGGCACAACUGACUUUCUACUUCAUCAGAUAAACUGUGUUUAUCGGCUAUUGAUGGAGUGGCUUUAAUAAAACUAAUGCAAGGAAAA